UGGUCUCGCUCGCAGGGAGCUGUACUGCUCCAUGGAAACGAGCUCGCGGCUGGAGUUUUGUUUACGGUCUUGGGGGGCCAACAGCCACGGACAGCUGGGACAGGGACAUGUGGAGGACCAGUCCGAGCCCCGGCUCUCUGACACCGCGGCUCUCCAGGACCAGGCGCUCCGGUGUGUGUGCGGAGGCGGCGGACACUCCGUGUUCGUCACCGAGAAUGGAGAAGUGUUUGUGUGUGGACAGAAUCACAGAGGUCAGCUGGGACUCGGGCAACAUGCAAACAUCCCAACUCCUCAGCUCUGUCCCAGCCUCAAACAGUCUGUCACGAAUGUUGCUUGUGGCUGGGACUUUACUCUUCUUCUCACCGAUUGUGGUCAGGUAAUGGCCUGCGGCUCCAAUGCAUUUGGACAACUGGGUGUUGGACCGAAAGUCACACACUCUGCAGAUUUACUGUUUGUUAAGUGUCUGAAGGAUCCCGUGGUGAGUGUAGCAGCAGGACUUAGACACUCCCUCGCUGUCACUGGCUCGGGUGCUGUGUAUCAAUGGGGAACUGGCCUUUUCAGUCACGCUAAGAGAGCACUCAGUCCGCACCCUGUCCCAUCACACCUCUGCUCUCAGCUGCCCUGUCUGGUACCAGGUCUGGAUCAGAAAAUAUCACACCUGGUAUCUGCGGGCUCAGCGCACUCUGUGUGCCUCACAGGAGACGGUGAUCUGUUCCUGUGGGGAAGCAACAAGCACGGUCAGCUGACCACCUCUGAGCCCUUCCUGUCCUCUCCCACUCCUCUGAGGCGCUCGCUGCUGGGUGGAGAGAAAGUAAUGAACGUGUUGAGCGGCUGGACUCACAUUGUUGCUCAAACAGAGAGUGGAAGAGUGUUCACGUGGGGCAGAGGAGAUUAUGGACAGCUGGGCCGACAAGCAGCAACCACUAAGAACGCAGAGCAGCAGUCAGCUGGUCCAUCAACAGGAAGUGAAAACCAGGAGGUUUGCCUCCCUACAGAGGUUAAAGACAUCAGGGGAGCAACACAAAUUGCGUGUGGAUCUGAACACAACCUCGCCAUUGUCGGGGGGUGUCUCCUUGCCUGGGGCUGGAACGAACACGGAAUGUGCGGCGACGGCUCCCAGACGGACGUCCCCGAGCCUCAGCUCAUAUCCGGUCUCCGACCUCUUCUAAUCGGCUGCGGAGCUGGACACUCAAUGGCUGUGUGCGCCACGACAACUAGCCCGAGAUAAAACUCUGCACCGACUCCAUCAGGGACAUUCAUUCAUUCAGCAUGAGACAAUCACAGAUGAGAAAAACAGAGGGACUUUGUGAACUACCACAUUUCUGACUGAUUUAGUGAUGCAUUGGUGCCUUGCAGAGCCCUCAAAGGUUUGUUAACCUCCACCUUUCAGAUGCUACCUCAGCAGGUCAUACUUUACUAUGUCGUCAUUAACGACUUCAUGUGGACGUACGUGGGCUGAGGUAUGUUUUAUGUGGACAGAGGCCAACCUGUCACUUUGAUUGACAUGACGGGGAAGGCUUUGCAGGAUAUGGCUGUGGCUCCUGGUCCUCCUGCCAAGCUACACUGGUGCUCUACCUCCAUCUUCUCAUGUCAGUGAGUUUAUUGCAGUCAUCUUGAAUGUCAGGAGGUCGUCAAUCUCUGCAGUUCAUAGUGAAUUUCACUUGAUUUACCGCUCAUACGUAGGCUUUCAUUUUAUUUUCCAACUUUGCAUCAUUCAUUUAUUAUCUUGUCAGUUAUGAUUGUCUAAUUUGCACCACUUGUAUCCUUCAUUCAUCUCUCGUGGGAGAAACAUGUCCUCUGUGUUUAACCCUACCUACAUAUUUAUAAGCUGUGGGCGACCGCAAUGCAGCACCUGUGGAUCAACUGCUGAUCUUUAGAUGGUGCCUCCUUCAAGGUCAGCACUGAGUGGGGCUCAGGGAUGACAUGCUUCCAUGUAUUUACUUUUGAAUUUUAAAGGUUCUUCUUUAGAAUUAAUGUUUAUGCAAAUAAAAUGUGGAAACCAUCGCUGUCACUGACCGUAUGCAUCAAUGAAAAUAAAAUUCAGCUGAGUAAAAAAAAAAUCAUCACUCCCUUAAAAAUAGCA